UACAAACAGAGAAUUCCUGAACCUUCUUCCUCUUCUCUUCUCUUGUUGCUUACUUCUAUCCAAUUUUGGUCUGAGCCAAAAAGGGCUCUGAAAUGUAUAUGAAAUUGCUGUGUUUUAAGCUGUUGCUGAUUGGCGGUGAGGUUGUUGAAGAAGAAGGCGAGUGGGAGAAAGAACGAUAAGUUUUUUCGUAAUUUGCAAACAGUCACGACUUUGGAGGAAAUUUUAGAGAGAUUUGGAACGUCAAUCACGAAGAUCGGAUACGGUUAUGAUGUCUGGUAUGGAUGUGAAAUUGACGUCGGUUAAGGUGGACGGUGGUGGUGACGUGGAGUCUGUGAAAUGCGAGUGCUGCGGCCUGACGGAAGAGUGUACGCAGACGUACAUCGCGACCGUGAGAGAUAGUAACCAGGGGCGGUGGAUUUGUGGACUGUGUGCGGAGGCGGUAAAGGACGAGAUGGAGAGAUCUUGUUCGGAGUCAGAGGAAGCAGCUCUGGAUCGGCAUAUGAGAUUCUGCAAAAACUUCCGAUCAUCAAUGAAUUCGCCACCGCUGGAGGAUCUCAUCUCCGCCGUGAAGCAACUUUUGAUCAGAAGUUUAGAUUCUCCGAGAUCCAGCUCUGUUGAAUCCAACUACCACUCGUCGUCAUCUUCACUUGUCCGAUCGAACGCCUGCCAUUUUAGCCUAGAUAAUUGACGAAUAUGAGUUUAUUAGGUAAGCAAUUAUGAAGAAUUAGUUAGCUUAAAGAUCCCAUAGCUGAGUUUGAUAUUCCCAUGGAUAUCAAGGAAUUGAUUGAAUUCAGGAAUAAAUCUCUCUUUUGUUCAUAAUGAUCACGUAAUCCUUAUGCUAUUGAAUCAUAUACAUCAUAUCUUAGCUA